AUGCAUUCAAUAAGCAGAUUAAUUAAAAAAGAUCAACUUUUUUUAAGAUAUUUUAGUACUAGUACAGGUUCAAUUACACCAAUCACUAAAGUGUUAAUUGCAAAUAGAGGUGAAAUAGCAUGUCGUGUUAUGAGAACUGCUAAAUCAAAGGGUGUCAAGACUGUUGCAGUUUACUCUGAAGCCGAUAAAAACUCUUUACACGUCUCAUUAGCCGAUGAAAGCUAUUUAAUUGGUCCACCACCAGCUAAAGAAAGUUAUUUAAGAGGUGAUAAAAUUAUCGAAAUUGCUAAGAAAUCAGGUGCUCAAGCUAUUCACCCAGGUUAUGGUUUCUUAUCAGAAAAUUCAGAUUUUGCAGAUUUAUGUGAAAAGGAAGGUAUUAUUUUUAUUGGUCCACCAUCAGAUGCUAUUAGAGCUAUGGGUAGCAAGUCAGCAUCAAAAGAUAUUAUGAUUAAAGCUGGUGUACCAACUAUUCCAGGUUAUCAUGGUGAAGAUCAAUCAAUGGAUAUUUUAAAAAAAGAAGCAUUAAAAAUUGGAUAUCCAGUUUUAAUUAAAGCAGUUAUGGGUGGUGGUGGAAAAGGUAUGAGAAUUGUCGAAAGAGAAGAAGAUUUAGAGGAUGGUGUUAAUUCAUCAAAGAGAGAAGCACAAGCAUCAUUUGGUGAUUCAAGAGUUUUAGUCGAAAAAUAUUUAGUUCAUCCAAGACAUGUCGAAAUCCAAGUUUUCGCUGAUAAACACGGUAACUGUGUUCAUCUUUUCGAAAGAGAUUGUUCAGUUCAAAGACGUCAUCAAAAAAUUAUUGAAGAAGCUCCAGCUCCACAUUUAAGUGAAGAUUUAAGACAAAAAAUGGGUAGUGCUGCUGUUGCUGCAGCUAAAGCUGUUGGUUAUGUUGGUGCAGGUACAGUCGAAUUCAUCCUUUCACAAGAUGGUAGUUUCUUUUUCAUGGAAAUGAACACUCGUCUUCAAGUAGAACAUCCAAUCACUGAAAUGAUUACCAAACAAGAUCUUGUCGAAUGGCAAUUAAAGGUUGCAGAAUCACAAAAACUUCCAUUAGAACAAUCAGACUUAAAGAUUCACGGUCAUUCAUUCGAAGCUCGUAUCUAUGCUGAAAACCCAGAUAGUGAUUUCCUUCCAGGUACUGGUAAACUUGCACAUCUUUCAACUCCAACUCCAUCAUCAACCUUAAGAGUCGAAACUGGUGUUCGUCAAGGUGAUGAAGUCUCUGUUUAUUAUGACCCAAUGAUUGCCAAAUUAGUCGUAUGGCACGAAGAUAGAGAAAAAGCCCUUAGAUAUCUUAGAAACUCACUCGAUGAAUAUCACAUUAUUGGUUUAAAUACAAACAUCAACUUUUUAAAGAGAUUAUCAACUCAUCCAGCUUUUGUCAAAGGUGAAGUUGAAACCGGUUUCAUCCCAAUUCAUCGUGAAUCAUUAAUGGCACCACAAGAACCAAUGUCAAAUGACACCAUUGCUCUUGCCGCUGUUUCAUUACUUUUAAAAGAUAUCGCAUCACAAAAAACAAAAGAAGAUCCAACUUCCCCAUGGUCAUCCCUCAUCGGUUUCAGAGUUAAUCACAGUCUCAAGAGCACUGUUAAAUUCGACUUUAAAGAUAACAAACUCGAAAUUCCAGUUGAAUACGAUGGUAAAAAUAACUUUACUGUCACUGUUAAUGGUGCCACCGUUCAAGUUACCGAUGCUAAAUUAAACACUCAAAAUGAAACUGUUAGCGCCCACGUCAACGGUAGAUUCUAUAACAAUAUUAAAACCGUCACCGUUAAAAACUCUCUUAACAUCUUUAGUGCUGAUGGCCAACAAUACCAACUCGAAAUUCCAUCAACUGUUUUACCAAAAGGUGGUGAUGCUGCUCUUGGUUCACUCGUCUCACCAAUGCCAGGUAAAGUUACUAAAAUCAUGGUCAAUGUUGGUGACAGUGUUAAAAAAGGUCAACCAAUCCUUCUUAUGGAAGCUAUGAAAAUGGAACAUACCAUUCGUAGUCCAAUUGAUGGUAAAGUCGAAUCUUUACCAUACAAUGUUAAUGAAAUUGUCGAAGAAAAGAAAACUUUAGCUGUUAUAGUAUAA